AUCGCUUUCAAGACUCGAACAGACGCUCUUGUUCAGUUUGCCCGGGCAUUUCGCCAGAGAUAGUGCUCCAGAAUGUACCUCGUCUUGCUACUGACCAUAUUGCUGGCGCUGCUGGUGCACUAUUUAAGACGCAUUUAUAGCUAUUGGCAGCGCGAGGGUGUGGCCGAGGAGCCAGCCAAGUUUCCCUUUGGCGUUUUGGAUAAGCUGGUGAAACGACAGCGCGGCUUUGGACUCAUCAUAAGCGAUGUCUACGAACGGCACAGAUCAAAAAUUGUGGGCAUCUACAUGAUGCACAAACCGACUCUCUUGGUGCGCGAUGCGCAAUUGGCCCGCCAGAUCAUGACCAGCGACUUCAGUAGCUUCCACGAUCGUGGCAUCUACGUGGAUGAGAAGCACGAUCCGUUGUCGGCCAAUCUAUUUAAUUUACAGGGUGCUUCGUGGCGCAAUUUGCGCAACAAACUAACACCCUCGUUCUCCUCGGGCAAGAUCAAGGGCAUGUUCGGCACGAUCGAUGAUGUGGGUGACCGACUGGUGCAGCAUUUAAUGGGCGUCAUAGAGAAGGCGCCAAAUGAAGCAAUUGAAAUCAAGGAGAAACUCACUACCUAUGCCGUGGACAUAAUAGGCUCGGUGAUCUUCGGCCUGGAGAUCGAUAGCUUUACCAAUCCCAAGAACGAGUUUCGCGCUGUCAGUGAUUCCCUCUUAGUGGAAGACGAUUUGGUGCUAAAAAUUCACAACAUGGCCUCGGUAAUAUUCCCUCCCCUUGCCAAGCUCAUGAAUCGUCUUGGCUAUGAGAAUAAAGUGCUUGCCAAACUGCGUGACAUUAUGCAGCACACCAUCGAGUUCCGUGAGAAGCACAAUGUCGUACGCAAGGAUUUGCUGCAGCUGCUCAUACGUCUGCGCAAUACGGGCAAGAUCGGCGACGACGAUGACGAGGUGUGGGACAUCGAAACGGCGCAGGAGGAGCUAAAGGCCAUGUCCAUUGAGAAGAUUGCAGCCCAGGCUUUUCUCUUUUAUAUAGCUGGCUCGGAGACCACGGCGGCUGCAUCUUCCUUUACGCUCUAUGAGCUGGCCAUGUACCCAGAGCUCCUCAAGGAGGCACGCGACGAGCUGGAUGCAGUCAUGAAACGUCACAAUCUUGAACGCGGCGACAAGUUUACCUACGAGGCGGUGCAGGAACUUAAGUUCUUGGAUCAUUGUAUUUUGGAAACCAUACGCAAGUAUCCUGGCUUGCCCUUCCUCAAUCGCGAGUGCACUCAGGACUUUGCGGUGCCUGACAUCGACUACACCAUCAAGAAGGGCACGCCCAUUUUGAUAUCACUCUUUGGCAUUCAGCGUGAUCCCAGCUACUUUCCCAAUCCCGAGGACUACGAUCCUCAUCGAUUUGAUGCUGAUGUUAUGAACUACGACCAGACAGCCUAUAUGCCCUUUGGCGAGGGUCCCAGACACUGCAUAGCUUUGCGCAUGGGCAAGGUCAAUGCGAAGGUGGCUGUGGCCAAAGUACUUGCCAAUUUCGAUUUAAUAGAAGCACCACGUAAGGAAGUUAAGUUUCGCUUUGAUCCUGCGCCUGUGCUUCUUCCGGAGGGGGGCCUGCACGUGCGCCUGGUGAAGCGUGCCUAAGUGCAAAAUGGGUGCCAUGUAAAACUAUUUGUAAAUUCAAUUAAUCAUGAAAUACAAUUUUAAAGCCAUUAACAAAUAAGCUGUCGAUUGAGGAUGAGCGCAUAAAUCAAACCGCAAGGUCGGAGAAACUUUGUUUAUCAUUCGAUCAGCUUCAAAAUCUCGUAAAUUCAGGUAAGAUUAUCGGUGUGUACAUAAAAGUCGGUCCAUCUGCUAAUAAAUGUCAAAAAAUAAUCGU